UUUUCGAUAACGAGUAGCAGCGUCUCCCUUAUAAGCCCUCCCCUCCGCUUCGACGCCGCGAAGGCAGCAGCGGAGAAGGAGAGAUGGCCUUUGUCAAGACUCAAAAAACGAAGGCUUACUCCAAGCGCUAUCAAGUCAAGUACAAGAGACGGAGAGAGGGGAAGACCGAUUACCGUGCACGGAUCAGGUUGAUUAACCAGGACAAGAACAAAUACAAUACACCUAAAUAUCGUUUUGUUGUUCGAUUUAGUAAUAAAGAUAUUUGUGCACAAGUAAUAUCUGCAAGCAUUGCUGGUGAUCUGGUUCUCGCAUCUGCUUAUGCUCAUGAACUGCCACGAUAUGGACUUGAAGUUGGUCUUACUAACUAUGCUGCAGCCUAUUGCACUGGACUUCUCCUGGCAAGGCGAGUCCUGAAGAUGCUUGAAAUGGAUGAUGAAUACCAGGGGAAUGUAGAGGCCACUGGCGAGGACUUCUCUGUUGAACCUGCUGAGAGCAGGAGGCCCUUCCGUGCUCUGCUUGAUGUUGGCCUUGUGAGGACAACAACUGGCAACCGAGUGUUUGGUGCUCUUAAGGGAGCAUUAGAUGGUGGACUUGAUAUCCCUCACAGUGAUAAGAGAUUUGCUGGUUUUAAGAACGACGAGAAGCAACUUGAUGCGGAGGUUCACAGAAAUUACAUUUUUGGUGGUCAUGUUGCCUCUUACAUGAGGGCUUUGAUGGAGGAUGAACCAGAUAAGUUCCAGACACACUUCAGUGAAUAUAUCAAGAAAGGUAUUGAGCCUGAUGACAUCGAAGAGAUGUACAAGAAAGUUCAUGCUGCCAUUCGUGCAGAUCCAAUUGCAAUAAAAUCUACAAAAGAACCACCAACGGAGCACAAGAGAUAUAACUUGAAGAAGCUUACUUAUGAGGAAAGAAAGGCUAAACUCAUUGAACGAUUGAAUGCCCUUAAUGCAUCUGGUGGUGCUGAUGAUGAUGAUGAUGAGGACGAAGAUGAUGAGUGAACAUUAUUUAUUAGUACCAGUCUUGUAUCGGGGUUGCAGCUUGUUUUACCGCAUUUGAUUGUUAUCCAGUUUUUCCUUUUGCAUAGGCAGGUUUCUGUUUGGUAUUAAACCGUGAUCGACUUUUAUAAUUCACUUUAAGUUUUAUGCUUCAGUUUAUCAA